ACUUUACCCCCAGUUCCUUGCUCUUGUCAAGGAUCUCUGCAAAUGUAAUUUCUCUUUUAGUUUCUGCAUCCACCUGAAGAGAAAAAGUAAUUGUUACUUCCUCAGGUCAGAUGAAAUGAUGCAAAAUACAAGAGAGAUAAAACGUACCACGUAGGACAGGGUAUAUAAAUUCUGAAACAGACUUACUCUAUUACUGGUUUAAUUAUAAGUUUAAGUUGAGAUUUGCCAUAUGAAGACUUUAAUAAAGAAGGGCUUUGCCCACGUAUCUGGCCUGCAAACUGCAGCAGAUCCAAGAAAUAUGGACUUAAGACAAAGGAAUGUACAGAAAGGAAAAUGAAUGUUUGGUGAUAUUUUGAGAAGAGUGUAGGGAUGGCUGUACAGCUUUUGUUACAUAAUAUGUCAAAAACUAUUAAAUAUGAUUGUGAAACAAACAUUCUACACUUUCAGAUUGAGAUACAUUAAAGAUCUAUGUACAGCUCAUUUCUUAUAACAGUAGGCAGUGUAACUGCUAGCAAACGUGCUUCAUUUUGUAUCUGAUUUAUUUUUCCCCAAGAAUAAUUGGCAAGUUUUUAAUUUUAGGUUAAUAGAAAUACAAGUCAAAGUUAUAAAUACUCGCAUAAUAUUGAAGGAACAUUGCAUGACUGGUUUGGUUAUGUGGCUUUUGUCAUUCCUGGGGUGAGACUUUUAAUGAGAGUUUCAGUGGUUUCUUUGUGGUCAAAACCAAGAAGUAAAAUAAUGCAAGACCAGGACCCAUUUUGUUUUGAUGGGAAAGAGACAAUAAAUAUUGCUGCUCUUGCACAGAAAAGUCGUGUUGUUACUGUGUUUGAGACAGUUGACAUCAAAUAAAUUUUUCAUCUGAUACAUUCAAUUUCAUUCCUUGCAUAAUUAAAACGCACCCAUGUUUGUCUUCAUAGUGCUGCCAUCCAGUGUGGAGAGUUUGGAGUUGUAUGUGAGUGUCACAUGUUUGUCAUGCUGCUCCAAGUAUCGUGUUUUGAACGUGAUUUAGGCACUUAACAGUGACGUUUCUCGAUUUUAAGCUGAUACAAAAUACAAAAGAGUGUUUUAUAAAUAUAGUGUUGAGUAUUUUGAUCUGUGUAUCGGUAAUAGGUACAAUAUUUAUUUACGUACAAAAUCUAACCCUCAUAAUGGUGGCUGAAAUUGUCGUUAACUUAUCGAGGAAUAUGCAGGAUACAGUGAAACGAAAUGGGAAAUAUCGAUUCUCAAGAAAUAUUCUAUACAUAGUCUUUAAAAGGAAAGCGGGAAAGAGGAAGACCUAUAAAAAUAUGAAGAGACCGGACCGCUGUUGGAAUCGGAAAAGGCUACUGGGCUGGAGAUUCGAUAGUGCCCUGCGUGACGGACCAAAUACACAACAAGCCAUCCAUCGAAACUCUGAUGUCAUCUGUGAUAAAACUCGACAAAAAGUGCUGAAGAAAGAAAAGGAAAAGUGUCAUAAGACACGAUCAUUAUAUUAGUGAAACAUUAUUUUAAGAACUCUUAAAAUAUUUGAUAUUCUUAAUUACGAAGACAGAAAGUGAAUUCCAAGAUGAAGAAGACAGCCGAAAAUGGAGACGCAGUGGAACUGGGAAAUGUAAACCAGGCAUUUGAAAAUGAUUCUGGGAAAGUGGACACAAACAGCAAGUUCUCACCUUCCAGUGGAUUUCCUACUACUAAUCCAGCAUCAGAAAAAGGAAAUGUGGAUAUUUCUGAUGACGCAAAUGACGAAGAUGGCGGUCCCGAGCGACAGCAGUGGUCACAUGGAGUCGAGUUCCUCAUGUCGUGCAUUGCCAUGUCAGUCGGCCUGGGGAAUAUUUGGAGGUUUCCUUACACAGCCUUCAGGAAUGGUGGAGGGGCAUUUCUCAUACCCUACAUCGUGGUGCUGUUCCUCAUUGGCAAGCCGCUGUAUUAUAUAGAAAUGUCUAUAGGGCAGUUUGUAUCCGGGGGACCUAUCAAGGCGUGGUCACUUUCACCAGCUCUCAAAGGUAUUGGUUAUGGACAGACGUUUGCCACAGUCCUCGUGCUCAGUUAUUACUGCUCGCUGAUGGCUCUUACUGCCUUCUACUUUGUUAAUUCAUUUGCGGCUGAUCUACCGUGGUCGACCUGCGCAGAAGAAUGGGAUAUGUGCUUUGACUCUAAAAAGACAGAAGACAGCGUUAAUGCAUCUACAAAUUAUACAGAUCGCAAGAGCUCUUCUGAAUUGUACUUUUACAAGUAUGUGUUGAAUGAGCCAGACUCUAUAGAAGAUGGUAUAGGAAUCCCGGACUGGCGUCUCACCCUGUGUCUGCUGUUUUCCUGGAUAACAGUUUUCCUGGUUAUUAUACGAGGCGUGAAGAGCUCGGGCAAAGCCGCCUACUUUCUGGCUCUGUUCCCUUACGUCAUUAUGAUUGCGCUGUUGGUCCGUGGCGCUACCCUGCCAGGAGCUGGUAAGGGGAUCCUCUUCUUCAUUGAGCCCCAGUGGGAAGAACUGCUAAAUCCACAGGUGUGGUAUAAUGCAGUAACCCAAGCUUUCUUCUCGCUCAACAUCUGCUUUGGAACUCUUAUUAUGUAUUCGUCGUAUAAUGAAUUCAAUCAUAAUGUCUAUAGGGACGCCAUGAUUGUAACCACACUUGAUACAUGCACCAGUCUGCUGGCUGGCUGUACAAUAUUUUCCAUCUUGGGAAAUCUGAUGUACGAACUGGGUACUGAUGACAUACAAAGUGUUGUGCAAGGAGGAACUGGACUCGCUUUUGUAUCAUACCCUGAUGCUAUUACUAAGUUUGAUGUCGUGCCUCAGCUUUUCGCUGUGCUGUUUUUCCUAAUGCUGUACACACUUGGGGUCGGCAGUGCUGUAGCCCUUGUAGGGGCAGUUAAUACCAUUAUCUGUGACAGUUUCCCCAGUGUAAAAUACUGGGUGGUUGCAACAUCCAGCUGCAUUUUUGGUUUCCUUGUGGGACUUGUCUAUGUCACACCAGGUGGUCAAUACGUUUUGACUCUGGUGGAUUUCUAUGGUGCAAAUUUCACUGUUUUCAUCUUAGGAACAAUUGAAAUGAUUGGAAUCGCUUGGGUUUAUGGUGUGGACAACUUGGCUGAAGAUUUGGAGUUUAUGCUGGGUAAAAAAUUAGGCAUAUACUGGAGACUGUGCUGGGGUUUUAUUACGCCAGUUCUGAUGCUCGUCAUCCUCGUGUACUCCAUAGCCAUCAUGCAACCUGAAACUUAUCAUGACGAACCUUUCCCAACAUCUGCUUAUGGUGCAGGUUGGUUUCUCCUUGCAUUUGGAGUGUUGCAGCUUCCGCUGUGGGGAUUAUUUGUUAUAUUUAAGAAGCGAGAUGGUUCAUUACUAGAGGCAAUAAAGUCCGCAUUCCAACAUUCGGAGCUGUGGCGGCCAAUGAAUAAUAAGACGUACAAGGAGUGGAAGGAGUUCAAAGAAACAAGAAGAAGAGAACUGGAACUGAUCAUGAGAGAUGAAACGUUGUGGCAGAAGGUUGUCCGUAAAGUUACCGGUAACUCGCCAUUGAGAAGCAGAGUGACUCAAUCCGGUGAUGCACCAGACAAAUUCUGAUGUGCUGGACGCAUCAAAUAUAUUUCACAAAGUCGUAUUUUAUCAUCACAAAGUACAAUACGUGUAUAAAUUUAUUGUAAAUUAUUUUCAUAUUCUGAUUGAGUAUAAUACUUCGCAUUUACGAUGUAACUAUUUUUUAUUGGUGAUUGAGUGUUAUUUGUUUCCACAAGUCAGUGGUAUGUGUUAAUACUUCUUCAGGAGCACAUACACUACUUAUAUAUUAGUUUAUAAUCCUUUUGUGCUGACAGAUGUUUUUAUGUUGUUUGAUGAAAUUUAAUCCUGGAAUUGUGACAUCGCGUCUUUUCAAAACCAUUCGUCUAAAUAUUGUUUACCAACCAUCAUUCUAUCAGCAUCAAAAUUUCAAGACAAAGAAGUUAUCAUUAUUAUAGACUUUUAUAAUACAAUUAUCCUAUAUUAUUUUAUUAAUUUCUUAAAGUGAUAAGUAUUUGUGUUUAUUGAUAUUUGUUUGAAGUGCGGCAUCAGUGAAUCUGCAUUCACAGAUGCUUAAAAUGACCUUUAUAACAAUCUGCUGUCUUAGUACUGAAGACUGUUUAUCAUGGACACUCAUAAAGCUUUAAAAACUAUAAAUACUGCCAUUCGUGUCUAUCUGUAAGGUAAUUAUGACUGUAAUUUUCAUAAGCAUUGUGAAAUUGUUAUAUUAAAGUUUUAAACAAAUCGAGCAAAAAAUUGCAGUUUUUCUUGACGU